CAUCAACAAAGUGGCAUGAUAACCCAAGCUAGAUUAGCAUUAGCUGUGCUCGCUUCCGAUGUCGCAUGCCUGGAACCACCCACAGCCUCGGCUAUCAAAAGUCCUUCUGGUUACCACCUUAUUCUUUUCCCAUUUCCAUGCGGUGUGGUCGCUGAAGCUACUGCAGUAGUCAAUACCACAAAACUUCAAGUCGCGUACUAUGAGAUGGUCCUGCAGAUGGCCAGGCGGUCCUGAUCCUCCAUAGGUAGCCAUAUGACAUUCACAGCUACACUUGUAUCGCGCCAGCCCUUGUUCAAAAAGGCGAUGGCGAUAUCACCCCAUACCCGCGUGGCCAUGAACCAACAACUCUACUCCAUACAGAUUCUUUCCGAACUGAUGAGCAGGCAGCUCUAGGUUAUGACAAUAUCGAUCUCUUGGAUGCACUUGAUAUCGAACAGGCCAUCUUUGCCGCUUACGACUGGGGCGGUCAGAGUGCGUGUGUG